AAUAUAUUUUUCAACGGCCAUGUAUCUAUUGCUUGUUAAAUAUAUUUGCAAUUUCUUGUCUUUCUUUGUUAGACUGUGGUAUUACAAUAUGAAGUGUAAAUAUAUUUUUCAACGGCCAUGUAUCUAUUGCUUGUUAAAUAUAUUUGCAAUUUCUUGUCUUUCUUUGUUAAACUGUGGUAUUACAAUAUGAAGUGUAAAUAUAUUUUUCAACGGCCAUGU